UUGCCGCUCAUUGCCGGAUCGGGAGUUGGACUAGCCAGCUGCGCAGGAGAGCUCCCCUGCGAAACGCGUCAUGGGACACGGGAGAACCACUGCCGCUCUCUGCACGUACACCUGAGGGGUUUCGUGGGUUUACAACACGGUUUCUCAAAAGAAACAGCCUUGAUUGAUUUACUCGCUUUUCAGAAGAAACUUUUGUCAGUCACCCGGAAUUACAAGCCUCUGCGAGGAACUGUACUGCUUUAUUUCUAACACACGGUUUGGAUCCCGGUGAAGAGUUGGCAGGAUGGUCUCAUCCGACUGCUUCAAGCUGGUCGUUAUGGUCUUGUGUUGCUCAUCACUCACAAAUGGUCAUUUGAAGAGAGAGCAGCUACCCAAGAUUCAGCCGUCUGACAAUCCUAUCAUUCUUCAGAAAGAUGAUGUGUUAAGCCUCAAAUGCAGAGGUCACGGCCAGCUGCACUGGACACUUGGUGAUCCCCGUCGAUCGAUCUCAUUGGAGGGGGUGAAGGUGGAGCAUUGUGAUUCCAGACGUCACUCUCACUCACACUGCAGCAAACUGACAGUCACAUACUUGACUGCCAAUGACACAGGAAGGUACAGCUGUAAAUACACCAAAGAUGGUUCAGACCACAUCGACUCAACCUAUGUCUAUGUCAAAGAUCCUGAGCAACCAUUUGUACGUCCCUAUAAUAAUGCAGCUUACGUCCUGUUCAUCUCCAGGCAGGAGACCAGCCUUGUGGUCCCCUGCCGGACAUCCUCUCCUGAUACCGUUGUAACGCUGACUGGGGUCCCACCUUUACCAGAGAGGAUUGUUAAGGAAAUGGUGUGGGAUCCAAUGGUGGGAUUCAAGAUUCCCUACGAUCCCGAAGAUUCGUUUUUCUUUCUCACCUGUCACACAUUGGUCAACGGCCAUGAGUUCAAUUCGAUGUACAUCCCUACCAGAUAUACACAUGUUCUUAAUAAUGUGAAGAUCACCCCUGAUCGGGUCAGAGUGUUGGUUGGAGACACCCUCAACCUCAACUGCACUGGUGAGACCACCUAUAAUGGAAGAAUUAACUUUACGUGGGAUUUUCCAAGGAAGAAGGAAAAUCAACAUCACAUGAACAAGACCAAAGACAACCCUGCUGCAGUUGUUGUGAUGAGCAAGGCUUUAGUCUUGCCAAACAUUACCAUGGAGGAUAUGGGGGUGUACCACUGCAGAGCUGAGAUUGAACCCACAAAGCAUUUGAAUGCCUCAGUAAAAGUCCUUGUUUUCGAGCAUCCGUUCCUCAAUGUCUCCUAUAAACAUGAGCAGCUUCGUAUGGUAACUGUCGAAGAAGGUAGAAAGAAGCUUGUGUUUCAGCCCAAGGUCAACGCUCUGCCACCAGCAAACGUGUUAGGAUGGUAUAAAGAUGGGGUCCCUAUCGAGAAGAAUUCCAGUUACAAGAUGUCUAGCUUCAACUUGAUCAUUACUGACGUGCAGCAGAAGCAUGCUGGGGUCUUCACCGUAAGCCUGGGCAACCAAGCGAAGGGCUUGUACAGGAAUUUGAGCUACACUCUGGUAGUCAAAGUGAAGCCAACUAUUUCAGAGGCGGAGCUGGCCUCUGUGGACGUGCAGCCCUACAUGUUUGGCAAACAGCAUCAGCUAACCUGCACUGCUUAUGGGUUGCCCUUGCCAACCAUCACUUGGCUCUGGCAGCCGUGUCACUCAGACCCCACACUUAAAGAUUGCGUUGCUUACACCAAGCCAGUCCCGGUAAUUGUUGAUGACAGGAGAAAUGACUCCCACAACUGGAUUAAGAGCAUAAACGUCAAACCUGAACUGGUUAAAGGCAAAAACAAGACUGUGAGUACCCUGGUGAUAGGAAAGGCUAAUUUAUCAGGAAAUUACUCCUGUGUGGCCCAGAAUGAGAAUGGCAACAGCAAAAUGACGAUCCCUUUCUUCGUUGAUGAUCGCUCUGAGGACAUUACCGUCGAACCUCUGGCAGCCAUCGAGGGGAAUGACGUCAAUCUGACCUGUCGGGCAGCUCGCUACCUCUACACAGACCUACAGUGGUUGGAUUCUUUGAAUCAAACGAUCACUUCCAACGUAUCCAGUCUACAGCUCAGCCGCUACUCCAUUUCGCUUUCUCUUCAUCUGCAUAAUGUGUCCCAAAAGAGCACUACAGGUUACAAGUGCCGAGCUUCCAAGCUCAGCAAGGGGGUUGAAUUCAAGAGGGCUGCGCUUACUGUGCAUGCGAGAAAACGCCCCUGGCUGAGUCAGAAUCUGACAAAUCAAGAUGUGAACAUUAGCAGCACGUUGACACUGGCUUGCUCCGCUCAAGGAGUUCCUCGUCCUGACAUCAUGUGGAGCAAAAAUGGCAUUCGAGUGGAAGAAGGACCAGGUAUUACACUGGGAGAAGAGGGAGUUCUGACCAUCGAGAGGGUGAAGAAAGAUGAUGAGGGUCUGUACGAGUGUACAGCCAAAAACUCUGAGGGUGUCGCUAAAACAAGUGCUGUUGUUACGGUGCUCGGAGAUGAAGGGAAGCCAAAUGUUGAGGUCAUCAUUUUGGUGUGCACAGGAGCUGCAGCCACGUUCCUCUGGCUCAUGCUUAUCCUCUUCAUCCGCAAGCUUAGGAAGCAACCAGCACACUACAAGAUGGGUCCGUCUAUUAUCAUUGACCCUGACGAGUGUCCCCUGGAGGAGCAGAAUGAUCUUCUUCAGUAUGACAGCAGCAAAUGGGAGUUUCCCCGAGACCGCCUGCGACUAGGCAAAACUCUUGGCCACGGAGCUUUUGGAAAAGUGGUGGAGGCCUCUGCCUUUGGGAUCGACAAGCUCUCAACCUGCAAGACUGUUGCUGUGAAAAUGCUUAAAGGAGGCGCUACGUCAAAUGAGCGGAAAGCUCUGAUGUCAGAGUUGAAGAUCCUGAUCCACAUUGGCCAUCACCUGAAUGUGGUCAACCUGCUAGGAGCCUGCACAAAACCUGGAGGCCCACUGAUGAUGAUUGUGGAGUUCUGCAAAUAUGGAAACUUGUCCAACUAUUUGAGAAGCAAGAGAGACGACUUUAUCGUCUACAAGAGCCAGGACGGUAAGAUGGUGUCGUCUGGAUCGGGCUGCGAGCUGAGCGAGCUGAUGAAGCGCCGCCUGGAGAGCGUGGCCAGCACCGGAAGCUCAGCCAGCUCUGGCUUCAUCGAAGAUAAGAGCUACUGCGACUCAGAGGAAGAGGAAGAAGAAUCUGAGGAUUUAUACAAGAGAGUCCUGACAUUGGAAGAUUUAAUUUGCUACAGCUUCCAAGUUGCAAAAGGCAUGGAGUUCUUGGCUUCACGAAAGUGCAUCCAUCGUGAUUUGGCUGCACGAAACAUCCUGCUUUCUGAGAAUAAUGUUGUGAAGAUUUGUGAUUUUGGACUUGCCAGAGACAUCUACAAAGACCCAGAUUAUGUGCGGAAAGGAGAUGCUAGACUGCCACUCAAGUGGAUGGCACCUGAGGCCAUUUUUGACAAGAUCUACACAACUCAGAGUGAUGUUUGGUCCUUUGGUGUUCUCAUGUGGGAGAUCUUCUCUCUGGGUGCCUCCCCAUACCCUGGCGUCCAAAUUGAUGAAGAGUUUUGCUGCAGGCUGAAAGAGGGGACCAGGAUGAGAGCACCAGAAUACUCCUCUUCUGAAAUAUAUCAGACCAUGUUGGACUGCUGGCAGGGGGAGCCACUGGAGCGACCGACCUUCACUGAGCUGGUGGAAAGGCUGGGAGACCUGCUUCAGGCCAGCGUGCAACAGGAAGGGAAGCACUACAUACCCAUCAACACAGCCCUGCUGGCUAAGGUGGGAGACCCGUCCAACGCAGUGCCUUUGGAGGAGACGCCCACUCGACCCGUCUCAUACCGCGACUCAGGGAGCACCUGGAACAUCAAGAUCCGUCCUGCUAGUGUGAAAACCUUCGACGAGGUUACCAUGGAGAACGGGGCUAAUGAGCACCACGAGGGCGGUCAGUCAGACAGCGGGAUGGGCCUGUCGUCUGACAACAUGCAGACUCUGAAACGCCUCGAAUCGUUGGCAGGCCGACCUCUGAGCAUCAUGGCUCUGGCGAUGAAGGCAGUGAGUAAGAGUAAAGAGUCUGUGCUGAGUGACUCAGAGAAGGAGAAGUUCCCGCCCACAGUCUCCUCUCUGGACUUCAGUCUGGACGACUCGGCCCUGGACGACGGGCUGGAGUGCCACAGCCCGCCGCCUGACUACAACUACGUGGUGCGCUACUCCACCCCACCUGUGUAACCUCCUGCUCCGCCCCUGGAGAAUCUGACUGACAGCUUGAAGGCCUUUGCUUUGUUCUCCUCUGUUUUGGCUCUUAUCUCUGGACUGUUGUGUAGCAAAGUGUGAGAGGAAAAUACGUGACAUUCCCUUUAGAGAGGAAGCUCUGAAAUGAAUCAUGAAUCUACUCGACUUCGACCUCUUCCAACUUCCAGCGCGACUGCUGUGCAGCAAGAAGGAAACCUGCAGACUGUUGAUCCCUUUCCAGUUUUCAGACGUAGGCUGACGUUAAUGCUGCUGGUUCGUUCCACAUUCACUGUGAUAUAUCAAACAGCUGAAAGCAGGCUCAGGUAUUUCUUUCAUCUACUGUGAAAACAAACCACAAUGAUCCCGACUUUACUACAGAUCUGAAUAAACUACAACCUUCGACGAAGGAGAAUUACAUGCAAAAAAAGAGAGAGAAUAGCUCCAUCCAUAAUGAGACUUUUUUUAAAAAUCCAUUUUAAUUUUAUUCAAAAGAGAAAAUUCAAAAGAAAUUUGUGAAAAGGGCUAAAGAGAAGCUACUUUUGUAACGCGGCUUCAUUCGCUCACAUGAAGGUCAGCUAAAGUUCAGCUUUGCUCCAAGCAAAAAGCAGAUGGACAACAAUAUAACUUUGAUCAUUAGUUGUGAAAAGUCUCUUAUUUGAGGUGUCAUUGCUCCAAAAAUAUCAGCUCAACUAGCUCAGAGAGGAGUGCUGGAUGUUCUUUAAGCUCUCCAGGUUAUGGAAAACCACUGGUUUUCCAUUAACCACUGGAGGUUAAUGGAGGAAACAGGGUAGAGCUGAGAGUAAGACCGGUUGGCUCCAGAUUUAACUUUACAGCUCGACCACGACAGCAUUUAAAUGAAGAGUUUCUGUUUGUGUAGCUUCCUCCUCCUGCUACAGUCUGGUAUCAGAAGAAACUCUUGAGUUAUUUUUGUUUGGUCAAAGUAAAAAAAGUGAGAAAAAACCAUCAUGUUGAGUUAGAAACAUGCGAUUCAUCAGUUCAUUCAAGAAAAAGCAUUCGUAAAAUGAAUUGUGUAUUUAUUUAGACUGUAAACACUGUUACUUAGUUAACCAGUUUGUUCAUUUAGCUUCAUAUUUAAAAGGUAACCAAAGGAUUUUCCAGCUCAGUCUUCCUGACAUCACCAUGCAACACCCCAACACUCACUCACUCACUCCAGGCGUAUAUGCUGUUUGUGCUGCUGUAUUCACGAAAGCUGAGGGAACGUGCUCCCGCAGAAUCACGUACGUGUCCGGUCCCUCCUCUCGUGCUGAGCGUCAGUAAAGCUUGCAGGGCGGGCGACAAAAACUUGGCACCAGUCUGCUCUGGGGUCACUGUCGUGUUAUUUGUUAACAUGUAACAUCUCAGCACACCGGAUGUACUGAAAGUACUGUGUACCACACCUUUGCUCACACCUGUGUUAGCGUACACACACCCUGCAGUAAUGCAGCCAUCUUGUGCUUGUUGACCACUAAAAAGAAACAGUAUUUGUCAGUGAGUAAAAUACAGUAUACUGUGGGUAUUUCCAAAUGAUGUUUUUGUUUGUUGAUGUGGGGAGGAAGUGAUUAUGCACUGAUACUUUAUACCAAGUAUAAUUUUUGUAUUCUAAAGGUAUAUUAUUAUGAAACAGUGUUGAGGGUCCCAUGUUGGUCCCAGACUUCUGGUUUAUUUUGCAUUUUUUAUUUAACUCUUAACUCUAGUACGUAGAGGGAAGUUAACGUCUGCAUUGUUUUUUGUGUUGUUUCUCGCCAUCCUAACAUCAUAACAGUAUGUUCACUUCUUGCAUUUCUGUCUUAAAUGUAAUUUUACCGCUAUCACACUUACAUGCAAAGGUUCCAACCUGAAUGCAAAGAGAAAUAUGUUUGGAUUUUAUUGCAUUUCUUCACACUUAACUACGAGUAAUAAGACCUGCAGCAGCUAAAACGUCCUCGUAGCUUUUUCUGUUUUGUUCAUGUAGUGUAACACGUUAGUUUUGAUGAAAGUAAUGUUCUCCAACACUGUUAACUGCGCAUAUGAAGUAAAUAAAUGAAUAAAGAUCUAUAUAUUUAUACAUUA